GUAUUGCCCAUGUUAUUACGCUUCAUUUGCACCAAAACACUAUUAGAAAUUAAUGGAGCUCUUCAGGAUAAACCCACUAGCCAUUUUUUUCUUCGUGCUCUCAUACUUCACACAUCUCUCAAUUGCACUAGGCCUUGUUCCUCACAACCAAGACCUAAGCUCAUACUUCCUUGUUCCACACAACAAAGCACGAGCUCAGGUCAGGGUGCAACCUCUUACAUGGAACAUGACCCUUGCAGCCUAUGCUCAUGGGUAUGCAUACCAAAGACUUGGUGACUGUGACUUGCGUCACUCAGAAGGACCUUUUGGGGAAAACCUAGCUGAAGGUUAUGGUGAUGAGUUUAGUGUAACUAAUGCCGUUAACUUGUGGGUUGGGGAGAAACAAUACUAUGAGUAUGGAUCGAACUCGUGUAUUGGUGACGAAUGCCUUCACUACACACAAGUUGUUUGGCGUGAUUCUAUUCAUCUUGGUUGUGCUAAACUUAAGUGCCAUAAUGGUUGGUGGUUCGUUAUAUGUAGCUAUGACCCCCCAGGAAAUUAUGAGGGUCAACGCCCAUAUUGAAUCUAGUGUUAUACCAGAUAUAUAUAUGGAUAGAUGCCCUUGUUCAAGAGCAUCGAUUUAUAAUUAUGUAAUAUCUAUUUAUGUAUAAGUUAUAUCCGCAAGGUGAAAAUUCAAUUUUAACUACCCAUUAGGUUGAUCUUGAA